AUGGAGCCAGAAUCUGGAAUCGGCUCUUCUACUUCCCCUUCUCAGUUCUCGUUGGUUACUCUUUCCAGGAAUUUACUGUUAGCGUACCAGAGCUUUGGGGUUGUGUAUGGCGACCUUAGCACAUCUCCUCUCUACGUCUACUCCAGUGCCUUCUCGGGCAAGCUUCGAAACCACCAUAACCAGGAAGCUGUUUACGGUGCCUUUUCCUUGAUCUUCUGGACCUUGACCUUUGUUCCCUUGAUCAAGUAUGUCAUCAUCGUCAUGAGUGCAGACGACAGCGGUGAAGGUGGCACCUUCGCCCUUUAUUCCCUCCUUUGUAGGCAUGCCAAGUUGAGCUUGCUUCCCAACCAGCAAGCAGCUGACGAGGAGCUCUCUUCCUACAGAUAUGGACCCUCCUCUGCUCAGGCUGCUUCCUCCUCUGCCCUUCGCAGAUUCUUGGAGAAGCACAAAAGGCUCAGGACCGCCCUCUUGCUUGUCGUCUUAUUCGGUGCUUGUAUGCUCAUUGGUGAUGGUGUCCUCACCCCAGCAAUCUCUGUUUUGUCAUCGGUAUCUGGGAUACAAUCUACAGAAAGCAAAUUAACGAAUGCUGAGCUUCUUUUGCUUGCCUGCAUCAUAUUGGUGGGGCUGUUUGCACUCCAGCAUUGUGGUACUCACAGAGUGGCGUUUAUGUUUGCGCCCAUUGUUAUCAUCUGGUUGCUAUUUGUUUUCUCAAUUGGGCUAUACAACAUCAUACAUUGGAAUCCCAAAAUCGUGUAUGCACUCUCUCCCCACUACAUAGUCAAGUUCUUCAGGGAAACUGGUAAAGAUGGUUGGCUAUCUCUUGGAGGGAUUCUUCUUUCGAUAACAGGCACAGAAGCUAUGUUUGCCGAUCUUGGUCACUUUACUGCCUUAUCAAUCAGGCUUGCUUUUGUCUUUGUUAUUUAUCCUUGUUUGGUAGUGCAAUACAUGGGUCAGGCAGCUUUUCUGUCUAUGAACUUAGACUCAUUUUCCAACAGCUUCUAUGCGUCGAUACCUGAACCCUUCUUUUGGCCUGUCUUUGUUGUGGCCACCCUUGCGGCUAUUGUUGGGAGUCAGGCUGUUAUCACAGCCACUUUCUCGAUUGUUAAACAGUGUCAUGCCCUUGGUUGUUUCCCAAGAGUUAAAGUUGUCCACACCUCAAAACACAUUUAUGGGCAGAUCUACAUCCCAGAAAUAAACUGGAUCCUCAUGGUCCUCACUCUUGCAGUAACCAUUGGAUUCCAAGACACAACUUUGAUUGGUAAUGCUUAUGGACUUGCAUGCAUGACAGUUAUGUUCAUCACGACUUUUCUCAUGGGUCUGGUCAUAGUAUUCGUUUGGCAAAGAAAUUUCUUCUUAGCUACAUUCUUCCUCCUGUUCUUCUGGUUGAUCGAGGGUACCUACUUAUCAGCUGCCCUAAUGAAAGUGCCGCAAGGUGGCUGGCUUCCGCUCGCCCUAUCGGUCAUAUUCAUGCUCAUAAUGUACAUCUGGCAUUACGGCACUCGUCGGAAGUACAACUACGAUCUCCACAACAAAGUCUCACUGAAAUGGGUGCUAGGCUUGGGCCCCAGCCUUGGCAUCGUCCGCGUCCCCGGAAUUGGUCUAAUAUACUCGGAGCUCACCACUGGAGUACCUUCAAUCUUCUCACACUUCGUCACCAACCUUCCAGCAUUUCACAAAGUACUGGUUUUCGUCUGUGUGAAAUCUGUCCCUGUUCCGUAUGUCUCCCCCGACGAACGAUUCCUCAUUGGCCGAGUAUGCCCCAGACCUUACCGAAUGUACAGGUGCAUCGUGAGGUACGGAUACAAGGACAUACAAAGAGACGAUGGGGACUUCGAGAACUUGCUUGUACAAAGUGUGGCCGAGUUCAUUCAGAUGGAAGCCGUUGAGCCACAUUACUCGAGCUCGGAGACUUCUCCCUCGGUCGAUGGCAGGAUGGCCGUGAUAAGCACGAGGGAUAUCCGAUCAAGCAUGACUUUGACAGUGACGGAGCAGGAUUUCGUCAGCGUGGUGGAUGAUGACUCCAUUCAUAGCAGCAGCAGCAAGUCGAACACCCUCCAGAGCUUGAGGUCUAUGUACGAGGAUGAUACCCCGUCGAUCAGGAGGCGGCAGGUGAGGUUUCAAUUGCCUCCGAACCCGAGGAUGGAUCCCGUGGUGAGGGAGGAGCUGAUGGAUUUGAUCAGGGCGAAGGAAGCCGGGGUGGCGUAUAUAAUGGGACACUCGUACGUGAAGGCACGGAGGAACUCCUCGUUUAUAAAGAAGCUGGCGAUUGAUAUUGGCUACUCUUUUCUUAGGAAGAACUGCAGAGUUCCUUCCGUGGCGCUCAACAUUCCUCACAUAAGCCUCAUCGAAGUUGGCAUGAUAUAUUAUGUGUGA